AUGUCCAAGGCUCGGAACAAGAUCGACCAGAUGAGCACUGCUGCUCGCUCAGACUGGCAGCAGUACCACCAACUGCUGUCCAACCAGCAGCUCAUGAAGUACUUCGCGGACGAGGUGCACCGCUUCUCGCGGUCCCCGAUGAAACCCGACGAUGUUCUUCGGCGAUUCAGUCUGAACGGGGAUGGCCACCUGGAUCUGCGCGAGUUCCAACUGGCAGUCACUCGCCUCGAGAUCGUUGCUUCACCUUCUGACGGCACAUACCAGGAUUCCCAGCCCGAUCGCGACCUGGAGAGAGCCAAGGAGCUCUACCUGGUCUUCUGUCCAUCCCAGACUCGCAAACUAGGUGCGCACCAGAAGAAAAGUGUUGGAAAUAUUAUAGUUUUACUAACGAUAAAACUAUGUGCAGACAUUGAUCUUUUCUGUCGCAUUAUGACCGAGUGGUCCUUGCAGCUCAUGCGAGCGAGUUACCAGCAAGAGCCGAUGACGUCGCAGUUGACGUCCUCAAUGAAUUCGCUGUCGAUGGAUAAACGGAUCCAAUAUUCAUCACCCCGUGCGCCCCUCGCAACCCCCUACGCUACUCAAGCCACCCUCAACGUCAGUCGCUCGAUCAGCAGUGACAAGGGUCUUCAAAGCGAAAUGGAAGCAAACAAUGGUCCCAAUACUCGCCUAGCGGAGGGGGAAGCGCUGUUCCAGCGGCUGUCGACGUCCAUCGCCCAAAGCAGCGAGAAGCUCCGCCAGAUUUUCCUCAAGAUGGACGUAAUGAGCUCGGGCAAGGUCAGUCCGGAGGAGCUGGAGCUCGCGUUGAGUCAUAUCGGCGUGUUUCUCACUACGCGCGAGUAUGAAAAGCUGUACAUGGCGCUGGGUGAAGACGUGAAGGAAUACACGCGAGAUGGAGCCACGAACGGACGGUGGCGCGGUCGCGGGGGCAACGGCAACGCGUUCACCAUCAAGUACGCCGAGUUUCUCGCGUUGUUUCGAGGGAACGACGGUGACGACCACCGAACGCAGGCGCUGCCGUCAAACUCCAAGCAAGUUUCUCCUCCGGUUGUUGGCGUGGGAAGUGCUCGGCUUUGGGACAUGCUCGUGGCUGCAGUGGACAAGUUGCAGCCUCUGUUCCAGCAAUACGAACGGAUUGGACAAGCUUACCUUCCACCAGAGACUUUCCGCGACUGUAUACUGCGGUGCGGCAUUACGCUGAGUAAUGCCGACUUCGCUGCGUUGAGAGUUCGGCUUCUACCGUUUUCGGAUUCUGCGUCUGGUACAAUCGGAAUAGCUUCACUUCUGCAGUCUCUAAAGGCAGCAGAUCGUACUUCGAUGAAGUCAAAGGCAUCUCCUGGUGUCCCUGGAACCUCAGUUGGAUACGUUGGCCUCUCUCCUAUUCGGCUAGGAAGGAAAACAGUGCAGCCAUCGGUGUACACUCCUGUCAGCAAUGGCAGCUCGCCUUAUCCAGCAGGGAAGUCCACUCAAGAGAGGAAUGCCGAGGCAAGCCGCACUAUUGUCAAAAUCUGUGACGAGCGCCGUCGAGAGAGCGAGCUCCAUUUCCCAACAGCGACCACAAGUCCACGCGGAGUCCACAGUGGAGACAGCGAAGCAUACCUCGAGCAUCAGCACCGACGUCAGGACCCGUUCUUCUCCACCGGAAAGCCUCCUCCUGCUUUGGAGGCGCGUAUUCUCUCCAAGCUGCAGCAACUGAAACAACUCGGGCAACUGUCAGCCUCCUCACCGCAAAGUGUGUUCCCAGGCGAUCGCUUCGGUCACAUUUCACGAGGUCAAUUCCGUCAGAGUCUCGCGCACUUAAACCUCUUGGUGCGGUAUGCAGAUGUCGAGGCGCUCUUCUGGACGCUCGACACUCAAGGACGUGGCUACAUCCUGGCUCAAGACUUCUACGACCAUCUGAACAGCUUCGCCACCCAGCAGAGCAACACUUCUUGCUCCCAGCAGCUCCCAGGACUGUCCAUCGAUGGAUCAGCACACCGCAGUCGCCUCCCACGCUCUGUUCAGAAGGUCCUGGAGAAAAUGCUCGUUGAGUUGCCCCACCUCAUGGCAAUCUGCCAGCGGAUGGAUACAAACCAAACCGGAAUGGUCUCAGCCAGUGAAAUGCUCCAAGCUACCCACGAAUUGGGCAUCAUGGCCUCGAUAGCCGACAAACACGCUGCUAUUGACGCACUCACCCGCACGCAACAAGCCGAAGAUCAACCGACCGAUCAGAUCUCUUACCACUCGCUCGAAGACCUCCUGGGUGCGAUCUGCAGCGACUUACUAUCGCCCAAGAAGCGGAAGAAGCACCUUUCGACCACGUCAGUGCUGUUAGCGCCCUACGAAGAGCGUACCCCACCCAUGAACGUUGCGUCGUCGUACAAUAACCAAGACUCGUGCAACAACGACGCUCUGUGGAACUGUCCGCGUCGACGCAUGGUGCAAGACCACCCUGCAGCGAGGUCGUCGAUCCGAAUCGCGGACGAAAUCCACAAUUCCGACAAUGAAUCGCACCAAACUCCAGUCCGACCGGUCAGACGACCGAUAGCGGUGGAAGACGCCAAGUCUCGACAGGAACGCAGACACCGCAUCGCUCUGGUUGGAGUCUUACAGGAUUUACUGGAGCGACGCAGCGACCUGAAGACUGCGCUGGACCUGCAUCGACGCGCGGAUGCUCGCGGUCAAGUGACCAAGAAAGACCUCGUCGAGAUUUUGAUGACUUCCCGCCUGAACCUGCACUUUCCAGCGGGAGCCCCAGCAGCUCAAGAGCUUGUGGAUGAAUUGUACCCCACGCUAAGACCCGAAGGAGGCCUCGGAUUCUUAGAUGUCUUACGGCGGAUUAGCGAGUUGCUGGGUGAAGUUACCAAGGAAUUAUCCACGGCCCCUCCGACAUCGGGGAACGGACCGCCGACUUCUUUCUCGACUAAUCCGUACCAACACCCACAGCGACCCACUGGACGGAGGCUGAAUAACAGCCUCGAUAUGCACAGCUCCGUGCUCCCUACGACGACGGGGUCGUUCACGAAACUCGCUUCGUUUCCUAAUUCAGAGGCGUUCGCUGGUAGCGCGACUACAGUUCGGCGUAAAUUACUGCAGGAGAGUCGACUGAAGGACCUCUUGCACUCGGAAUAUGGUCUUCAGAGUGCUGCGGUGCUCGUGCGGCAUGCGUUCAAAGGGUUGGCUCCGAGAGAGAUGGUCGUGCCUAUCGACAACGGGGAGUUUGAAACUACGUGCCGCGCGAGCGACAUCAAGCACGUGUGUUACCGACUCGGACUGGAUCUGGACCUGCACGAACAGCAGUUUGUGGCGAGCAGUAUCGACACGGAUGAAAGCGGCUUUGUGUCCUCUCCAGGUCUUCUAGACUUCUUUGCCAAGCUCACACGGACGGAGGAUUAUAGCGCUCCGAUUUCUUUUAGCAGAAGAGGCUGA